CCGAGAGCACCUGUGUUAUCAGCUUGAGAAAGAACGAGGCUGCGGAGCAUCUGAGAGUACAUUGAAAAGUCAGGGAAAAAAAAAAUGGCGUGGAGAGGCCAACUUUCUCGGAAUCUUAAGGAGCUUCGGAUUCUUUUGUGCCAAUCUUCGCCUUCAAGUUCAUCGGCUAGAGCAUUCGUCGAGAAAAAUUACAAGGAUCUCAAGACUCUGAACCCUAAACUCCCGAUCCUGAUCCGUGAGGCUAGUGGAAUCGAGCCUCAGUUAUGGGCUAGAUAUGAUAUGGGUGUUGAGAGGUGCGUUCGAUUAGAAGGUUUGUCUGAGGCGCAGAUCUUUAAGGCCCUUGAAGACCUUGCAAAAGUUGGGGCAUCGCUCAAAGCUUGAUAUCAAUGCUGUUCAACUGUAUGGAAUGAAAUAAAUUGGUACUCUGGGAAGAUAUUCCUAUGACAUAUUUCCUGAGUUUUGCUAUGUUUGCUUUGACAGAUGCUCACCAUUAUCAUUUAUUUUGAUCACAGCCAACAUUAUCA